AUAAUCUGUCGCCCGCGUACCCCUCAACCUCAACGUAUUAAUAGCGGCGGCAGAAGGAGCAGAGUAUAAUUUUUCACUCAUUCCAGCUCCUCCUUAUCAAGGUCACGAUCGUCACCAGCACCAUUAAUGACCUCAAUCUGAAUUCGCUCUCGACAAUUUUGAGAUAAUUGGCAAUGGGAGCAAGUCGGAAGCUACAGGGAGAGAUCGAUCGGGUUCUCAAGAAGGUUCAAGAGGGUGUCGAUGUAUUUGAUAGCAUUUGGAACAAGGUCUAUGAUACGGACAAUGUGAACCAGAAGGAAAAGUUCGAAGCCGACUUGAAGAAAGAGAUAAAGAAGUUGCAGAGGUACAGAGACCAGAUCAAGACAUGGAUACAAUCCAGUGAGAUCAAGGAUAAGAAGGUUAGUGCCUCUUAUGAGCAGGCUCUGAUGGAUGCGAGAAAGCAAAUUGAGCGUGAAAUGGAACGUUUCAAGAUAUGCGAAAAAGAAACAAAGACAAAAGCAUUCUCAAAAGAAGGCCUUGUCCAACAACCUAAAACGGAUCCGAAGGAGAAAGCUAAGUCAGAGACACGAGAUUGGCUGAAUAAUGUGGUUAGCGAGCUGGAAAAUCAAAUAGAUAGCUUUGAAGCUGAAAUAGAGGGACUUUCUGUUAAGAAAGGGAAGACAAGGCCUCCCAGACUGACGCAUCUAGAGACAUCCAUUGCUCGUCAUAAGGCUCAUAUUAUGAAGUUAGAAUUAAUUCUAAGGCUGUUGGAUAAUGAUGAAUUGAGUCCAGAGCAAGUCAAUGAUGUGAAGGACUUCUUGGAUGACUAUGUGGAAAGAAAUCAGGAGGACUUUGAUGAAUUCAGUGAUGUUGAUGAGCUCUACAUUUCUUUACCUCUAGACAAGGUGGAGUCUCUUGAAGAUCUAGUUACUGUUGGUCCUCCUGGUCUUGUAAAGGGUGUCGGUGGCUCCAGCGCUCCAAGUGUGAAACCAUCUUUAACUGCUGCACCUACCCAAGCUCCAGCAACUACGUCAGCUUCCAUCCAGCAAGUUACUUCAGCUCGGGACCAUGCAGAUGAAACAACUCUCCAAGACGAUGCAGUUGCCAGAACACCACCUCCUAAAAGUAGUUCUCUUAGUUCCUCUGCACCACAAACACCAGCUGCAAGCCAUGCAACUCCUGCCACUGCAAGUGCCACCAGUGUUUCCUCUCCGGUAUCUGUUCCGGGUGCUGCAAAGGAAGAGGAAAUUACCAACUUCCCUGGACGUAAGCCAUCACCGGCUCUUGCUGAAACCGGAUUAAGGGCUAUUGGUAGAGGUGUCUUUCCUAGUCAAUUGACAUCUAACGUCCCUGCAAGCUCUGGAAACACAGUUUCCAGCCAUGGAGCCAUGUCUUUGGCUUCUGAAUUCGGAAAGAAAAAUAUUUUUGUUUCUGAUGACCGGAGUAGUGGUAUGGCUCAGUCCCCUGUGUCUUCUAUAAGUAGUAGAGUAAUCUUGCCACAGGCUGCGAAGGCUAGUGAUGGACUUGAAUCGGUUGAUGCUGGAGUUGUUGGCGAUGCUGCAACUCUGGGCAGCAGAGUUUUCACUUCUCCUGUGGUUCCGGGUAUUCAAUGGAGACCUGGAAGUUCCUUCCAGAACCAGAACGAGGCAGGGCAGUUUCGUGGAAGAACUGAGAUUGCUCCUGAUCAAAGGGAGAAAUUUCUACAACGAUUUCAGCAGGUACAGCAGCAAGGCCAGACUAAUCUUCUUAAUAUGCCUUCUCUUGCUGGAGGGAAGCAGUUUUCUGCUCAGCCACAGAACCUACUCUUACAGCAGUUCAAUGCUCAAAGCACAUCUCUCUCUCCUCAACUUGGGUUGGGGAUUGGACUCCAAACUUCAGGUCUUAACGGUGUUGCAACAUCUGCUUCGCUGCAGCCGCAGACAAGUGCAACCCACCAACCAUCAAAUCAGCAGCCAAUCAUAUUGCAAACAUCCAAGGAUGCAGAAACUGGGCUCACAAAAGUUGAGGAAUUGCUGCAGCAACAGCCCAUCAUUGAAGAUGCAUCCGCAGAUUCUGGUUCCAACACUGGGCCUGGGGAAAACCUUGUGCAAGAAGAUAAACUGAAAACUUCUUAUCCUUUAGAUAACGCGGCCGCUGUUGCUGCUGGUUCGCUUGCUGAACCUUUACAAGUGAUACGGGAAACAGACCUAUCCCCAGGGCAACCUUUACAGCCAACUUCAUCUUCUGGAAGCCUUGGCUUUAUUGGUCGACGAAGUGUAUCUGACCUUGGUGCUAUUGGAGAUAGCAUCAGCGCUUCAACUGCAAAUUCUGGAGGAAUGCAUGAUCAGUUAUACAAUUUGCAGAUGCUCGAGGGGGCUUAUUAUAGACUUCCUCAACCUAAAGAUUCUGAGAGAGCAAGGACCUAUACUCCAAGGCACCCUGCAGUCACCCCUCCAAGUUAUCCUCAAGUACAGGCACCUAUUGUCAAUAAUCCAGCCUUCUGGGAGCGGCUAGGUGCAGAUACUUAUGGCACAGAUACACUGUUCUUUUCAUUUUAUUAUCAACAGAAUACUUACCAGCAAUAUUUGGCUGCUAAGGAAUUGAAAAGGCAGUCUUGGAGAUACCACAGAAAAUACAACACAUGGUUCCAACGGCAUGAGGAGCCGAAAGUUGCCACAGAUGAUUUUGAACAGGGGACUUAUGUUUACUUUGAUUUCCACAUUUCCAACGAUGAACAACACGGAUGGUGUCAGAGAAUCAAGACAGAGUUUACAUUUGAAUACAGUUAUCUUGAAGAUGAUUUGAUCGUAUAAAAGUUUCCCCUCGUAAUAAACCAUGUCUACCCUUCUGCUGGUGUCUCCCCUAUCGCGAUUCAGUUCUAAAAUUCUUCCAGAUAUCACCAUCUUGUUAAGUGACAUUUGUAGUGUGCACUGCAAAUGUCAUAAGUUAGCAUUACCUAAUCCGCAGUUUGGUGCCUCUGGUUUUAUCCUGACAUUUAUGAAAUAAGUUGGACUUCAAGAGUUGUAGUUUGCUUGUUACUAGUUAUCUCAGGCUUUGACAUCUUCUGUACAAUUCAGUUACAUAGUUCACAUUUUUCUAAACAUCUUGUUUUUGUUGCUACUAUAAGGCAACAGACCAUUUUGUUUUCAAACCACGACAUCCGCAAUUUGAUAAUUUCUUAAUAAACCCUCC